AUGCCUCCAUCCAGCAAGUUCUUCAGCAUUGUCGCCGGUGUGGGUGCAGGUACCGGCCACUCCGUCGCCCUCAAAUUCGCGAACGCCUACCCAGUGGUCCUCCUAGCCCGCGACCCCGCCAACUACGAACCCACCAUAAAAGCCAUCACCUCAUCCGGCGGCCAAGCCAUAGGAAUCAGCACCGACGUAUCCGAUCCCACCUCCGUAUCCAACGCAUUCGAGCAAAUAAAGAAAGAGUACGGUUCUUUGAAAUUGGCUGCUGCUGUCUUCAAUGUAGGAGGCAAGUUUGUGAGGAAGCCGUUCUUGGAGCUGAGUUUGGAGGACUAUGAGGCGGGAUAUGGGGCUAACGGAAAGGGAUUCUAUCUUUUUGCACAAAAAACCCUACCACUCCUCUUGGAUUCCGUCGCUGACUCCCCACACCCACCAUCCUUAAUCGUUACGGGGGCAACAGCGUCACUAAGAGGCGGUGCUCAAUUGGCCUCGUUCGCCAGUGGGAAAUUCGCCCUGAGAGCCACCACACAAAGUUUAGCUAGGGAAUUUAGUCCUAAGGGUGUGCAUGUUGCGCAUGCAAUCAUUGAUGGUGUGAUCGAUAUUCCCAGAACCAAGGGAUGGGAGGUUAAUGGGGGAGUCGAGGGUGGCAAGAUUAGACCUGAAGCUAUUGCGGACGCAUAUUGGUAUUUGCACACACAGGACAGAUCUUUAUUUACUCAGGAAUUGGAUGUAAGACCAUUUGUUGAGAAGUUUUAA